AAAGGUUCUCAACGUGGCCGCUGAUGUUUUCCAGCGUGGAGUUAAAAGCAAAGACAGCUUAGUGACCGUGGAGGUAAAACAUCGGUUAAAAUGGGUGAGUUCAAGGUGCACCGGGUUCGGUUCUUCGACUACAUGCCCACCGCUAUCCGAGCCAUGGCGUUUAACAGCCGCACUGAGCGGCUCGCUCUGGCCCGGGCCGACGGAGCUCUGGAGAUCUUCAACUUCGCUGACAACUACUUCCAGGAAAAGGUCAUCCCAGGACAGGACGGCAGGGCUGCCGAGGCUCUGUGCUGGGUGGGCCGACGUCUGUUCAGUGCUGGUUUGAAUGGAGAGAUCACUGAGUAUGAUCUGGAGAACCUCAGGCCCAGGUACACGGUGGAGGCCUACGGAGGACCGAUCUGGGCCAUCAGCGGCAACGGCCAGGGAACACUCUUAGCGGUCGGUUGUGAGGAUGGGACGGUGAAGAUGUUUGAAAUACUUGAGGAGAGGAUUCAGUUUCAAAGAAACCUUGACAGGCAAAAGUUUAAUUAUGUUUUAUGUGAUCUUCAAGGUCGCAUUAUAUCUCUCUCCUGGCAUCCCUCUGGUACACUGAUUGCUGCCGGCAUGAUGGACAUGAUCAGAAUCUUUGAUGCUGAGACGGGCCACGCCACACACAGGCUGCUGGUGGAGAGAGGUGUUGGAGCAUCCAAGAGCAGAGAGGUGGUGGUUUGGAGCAUUGCCUUCCUGUCUGACCACACCAUUGUUAGCGGUGACUCUGCAGGAAAGAUCCAGGUCUGGGAUGGACUCACAGGAACUCUGGUCAGAAGUCACCUGGUCACCAAGUGGGAUGUUCUGUCUCUGUCUGUUUCACAGGAUGAGAGCAGUCUGGUAGCCGGGACGUCAGAGGGCACCGUCGUCCAGUUUCAGUUCAUCUCCGCUACUGUGGACCAGCAGGAUAAGGAUUGGGUUCGAACCAGGACCUUUAAAAACCACUCGCAUGAUGUGAGGGCUCUCGUCCAUACCGAAACUGCUGUGGUGUCUGGAGGUAUGGACACCCAGCUGGUAGUGCGUCCCCUGUUGGACAAGGUGGAAAAGAACACCCAGGAGUCAGCGAUGCGCAAAAUGGCUUUCCCACAUAGAAGCCUGGUUUGUUGCGCAAAGAAAGCAGGACUGCUGCUCUUCCAGUUCCCAGAUCAUUUAGAGCUGUGGAGACUAGGGGAGAGCGACGAGCAUGGAAAGCCUGGCGACAGCCUUCCUGUGAAGAGAAAACCAGAGAAACUGAUCCAGCUGAAGAGGAAGGUGUCUGACUGUGUGCUGAUUUCUGCAGGGGAGGAUCACAUCUGCUGCAGUGCUUUGUCUCCAUGUGGAGGCUGGCUGGCAUACUCUACUGUCUCCAGUUUCCGUCUUUACAGAUUACAGAACAACAACAUCAGCAUCGCCAAGGUGUCCAAACUACCUAAGGACCCGCUCGCCCACCAGCUCUGCUUCUCCACUGACUCCUCCAAACUCUUCGCUUCCUCCAGCAAUUCUUCAGUCAUCGUCGUUGCCCUCAACCAGCCAGAGUGCAAAUACCUUCAUACGCUGAAACCCAAGUCAAGCUCCAGACAGCCGGUCCACCUGCUGUUCCCCAGUGAGGAUGGCAAAUGGCUCGCUACAGCAAACACGGACUGCGAGAUCCAUGUCUACAACAUCGACAAGCUAAAGCAUCAUUGUACGGUUCCAGUGUAUGGCUCGUGUCCCACUGCCAUAGCCGUCCACCCAACAACCAGCAACCUUGUUGUGGUGCAUGCUGACCAGCAGAUAUUUGAGUACUCUCUGGUGCAGAAGGAGUACACAGAGUGGAGUCGGAAGCUGCAGAAACAAGGACUGCACGCUCUGUGGCUGGAGAGGGACACCCCCAUCACCCACGUCGCUUUCAAUCCUAAAAAUCCAGCUCACAUAAUUCUGCACGACAUGUUCAUGUUCUGUAUCAUCGACCAGAGUCUGCCCCUACCUGAAGCAAAGAACUUGCUCUACAAUCAGAUGAAACUGAGGAGUCUUCCUGAGCCAGAGAGGAUCAGACACAGCCACGCCUUCAAGAUAUGCAAGAAUUUCCAGCACCUCAUGUGUGUGAGCUUACUGGAAGACCAUUCUCUGGUUGUAGUGGAGCGCCCCCUGCUGGACAUCAUGUCUCAGCUGCCUGCACCUGUCCGGCAGAAGAAGUUUGCUACAUAAAGGAAGAAAAGGUGUCUCAGCCCAGAUGUUCAUGGAUCGUUACUCACUGCAACGCCCACAUCUAAAAUCAUUUUCAAUGAAAGUGUUCAUGUGUCACCACUUUGUAAAAAAUACUUUGAUAAAGUAAUAAAUAGAACAAUUUACAGUUA